AUGGAGAUUCGUCGUGGAACUGAUUGGCAUACGGAUUCGGAAAUCUCAAUGGUUCAGUUAAGACCGCUCAAGACUUCUCCCUCCACUAGAACCUCGACUGGCGAUAAUGAGGUUCAAUCGCAGAAUUCCGUGCCACAUAACAGCGCCGAAACAUCACAAAGUGAGCCUGCUAGACUCAAUGGCCGCCCGAAAUCAGAGUUAGAUGAAUUAUCUUUCACAGGAAGUCCCUCUCUAGGACAGAAGCCAAGAACUACAAAAGUCGACAUAAUCGGAGUUCCUGCUAUUGGAGGAGAUCCACAGAUGACAUGGAUGCCUGAAGCUAAAUUCACACAGGAUGGGCUCUUUCCACUUGAUAAUGAUAGCGAGGUGAAGUCGGCAUUUAUGAGAAUGACACCUGUAUCACCAGCUUACUCGAUGAAACAUUUUCAUAAAAGGAGACCUGCGUGGAUUGUCCGCGAUAUUCGUAGUCGUAAGGAUCUGAGCAUGGCUCGAGUUCUUUUGUAUGACCAUGGGUACCCGAAAGACGGUGAUACAUUGAAGCAAUUAGCUAGUAGGCUUCUGGAAAGUGUCAGAAAGCUAAGGUCAAUUGAGGAGGAAAAUCGUCCCCUUUUUUUCGUCUGUCACAGUACCGGGGGGCUAGUACUCAAAAUAGCUCUGACCGAUGCUCGAAGGCGCGGAGAUCCAAUUCUUCAUGAUUGUUAUGGUGUCACUUUUUUUGCAACACCACACAGAGGCUCGAGUUAUUUGUCGCAGCCAGGAUUUUCUGGCAGUAUCCGAACGAUCAUGGGUCUAUCACGGGAACUCCCAAUAUCCAUAUCAAGUCAGCUGGAACUAGAUCACCAUUCUCUGAAGCAAAUCGGGAAAGACUUUAAAGCUCUAGCCACGGAACUUAAAGUGUGGACCUUUUUCGAGACAAUAGAUUCAAACAUUACCGGUCCAGAUCAAGGUAAACCUUUUCAUGCACCUAUCACAUCUAUUAAAUCCGCAAUACUUAAUCUACGUAACGAGAGUGUAUAUCCAUUGGUGAGCACUCAUACAAAGUGUGCUGCAUUCGGCUCCGCAAAUGGGCAUACUAAAGAAGCUUAUUUGGUGGCGCUAGCCGCUCUGGUCGAGCAGGCUUGUAAAUUGAGUAAAAUCACCCACUGUGAAUUAAAUCUUGAACAAAGAGUGGAGGUAGAGAUCAAUGGUUUUUAUGAAGGCUCUGCUACCAUCCCAACUAACGAGCCCCCAAUCAGAGUCUGGUCAACAAACAGAUCUCUGCACGAUUUUACACGAAAUGGUCCGGCCAAGCUUUUGAAGGAACGAAGGGAAGAAGUAUCAGCUGCCCCAAUGGACGGACAAUAUUUACGUCACAAUACCCGUGCUCCAUAUUUGCCUAUGGAUAAGAUCACUUCUGAUGCCAAGAUCAAGGGUCACGCAUUUAUUCCUAAAUCAACAUCGAAAUUGAACCCUUUUAAGAGAGGUUCAAGCCCUUCUCCCCAGACUCGAGGAGCGACAAAGAUCAAAGCCAAAGGAUCGCUAGAUGUCAGCGAGAGUAAAAAAAUCGGACCGGUUCCGUCUCCGCCUACUUUGAUAAUGACCUCCGAUGUGGAUGACAAUGGAUUACAGCCAUCCAUUCGAAAGUCGCGAACUGAGAACGACGAAACAGCGACCAGGCCCGAGCCUCCCCGGAGGUACAGCGAAUCUCUGACGGCGCAGAGUUCUUUCUUGAGUCCACAUCGUGCCAGUCUUCAUCAAGAAAAAUCCUCGUCAUCUGCAGGACGUGAAGAAAUUGAAAUUGUUCUCACUCCCAGCGUACCUCCUUUACUGGACCCUAAUUUCUCGAACCUCAAGCUUACAUGGAUACAUGUACCGUUCAACAAUCCUACCUGGGUCCCAGAUGUUCUUGAAAGAAUAUCGAACGAAAAGGGGCCAGAUGUCCACAGUAAAAUGUUAGAUCACGAGCACUGGCAUUCAAAACAAGUACGUGGAAGGCACCAAGAACAUCAUCAUGCUUGUUUCUUAAAGCCUUAUUGUUCUUUUUUUGGUUUAGAAAGUGUAUCACCGUUAGCAUCCCCUAAAAUUGGCAUUGGAUCUUUUGACAUGAAUCAUGUUCAAAUGUGCUUAUAUUUGCCUUAUCUUCACUUUGAUACCUAUAAGGUCCUUGUGAAAAGGAGAGAUUUCGUUAAAAAACGAAUCGAGCAAGGUCGAUCGAGACCUGUUCCUCAACAAGUGUCAAAGCUUGACUCACAAGAGAUUCAAGUCCUCUGGCAGUAUCUGGGACACGACCCUCCAGUAAAUGCUCGGCGUACACUAGAUCAAUUUGGAUAUCCGAGUCUUCUCGAUACAAGGGCGAGAGAUGAUGAUCAGAUGCUGUAUAAGAUGACCAAAGAACGGCAUACCAAGUCAAACGGUACAACAAAUAACACUGCUGACGGACAGAGCAAUGUAGCUCGGAUGAUGAGACCAGCUCAGGGAAAUGAUAAGGAAGAUGCAGUUGAUGAAAAAAGUGACGAUUCCGACAACCCAAGCGAUAGAGAUGCGAUGUCUGAUGGCGACGUUCUAGAUGGAAAUGUUCUUAUGGUUGAUCAGCUCUGGUUAUGGGUCAUUGAUGGUUCUGUUGUUACUUUCUUCUCUAGUAGAGCUGGACAGAAAACGGAUGGAAGGCUAUUUCAACAAGCUGACCUUCGAGACAGCAUUUUUAAUGAAGUCAACGCUGAUCUUACUUCUCGCUGUGAAAAUGCGUAUGACCUUGCAGCUCGUGAGCAAUUUUUCUUCUGUUUUAAUAUUCCCUGA